UUGCACUGCAUGCACUGGAGAGAUACGGGACAUUGCUCUGCUGCGCCAAGGCAAGAGUUGUUUCCGGUAGUUUUUGUGUCAUUUAAAAGUUCCAGAUUUCUUCAAAGUCUCAACCAUGGAAAUGGAAUUUUCUUCGGCAUCAUUAAUCGUGGAUAUUUCACGUGGAUAACCAGUACUAAUGUGUGCCAACAAGACGUGUUGCAAUGGGCUGUGGAGGCGGUAAACUUGCCCCCGAAACACCGGUAGAUCGCCACAUCGAUUGGGUGAAGACCGCGGCCGUCGACACAGGCGGGGGUAGCUCGGCCGUCAGGAAUCAGUACAGGAAAGGCGACAUCGGUGGUAAGAGCCAACGGAAACCAAAAUACAAGGCAAAGUUUGACCCUCGCGUCACUGCUAAAUAUGACAUCAAAGCAUUGAUAGGGACUGGUAGUUUUAGUAGAGUUGUCCGUGUUGAGCAUAGAUCGACGAGAAAUCCGUAUGCCAUUAAAAUGGUUGAAAAGCGUAGAGAAGGAAAACAAUGCUGGGAAGUUGAACUGAACAUACUGCGUAGAGUCAGACAUACAAAUAUAAUUCAACUCAUUGAGGUAUUUGACAGUAAAGAACGUCUGUAUAUGGUAAUGGAACUAGCGACCGGUGGGGAACUAUUUGAUCGAAUCGUUGCCAAGGGUAACUUCACCGAACGCGAUGCGACAAGGGUGCUAAAGAUGGUUUUAGAAGCGAUACGCUACCUUCAUAGUUUAGGAAUAACUCAUCGUGAUCUCAAACCGGAAAACCUAUUGUACUACCACCCUGGUACGGACUCGAAGAUCAUGAUAUCGGACUUUGGUUUAGCGAGCUGUCGAAAGGGACACGGAGACAACGAUGAAGCCAUGAAAACAAUAUGUGGGACGCCCGAGUACAUUGCGCCAGAGAUACUCCUUAAGAAACUCUACAAUCAAUCGGUGGACAUUUGGGCGAUUGGCGUUGUUACGUACAUUCUGCUCAGCGGCCGAAUGCCUUUUGAUGAUGAUAAUAGAACUCGGUUGUAUCGAAAGAUUCUACGAGCCAAGUACUCAUUUGCACAUGAGCCAUGGAAAGACAUCUCAUCAUCUGGUAAAGAUUUUAUCGGCAAGCUUCUUCUGAUUAAUCCCAACGAGAGACUACCAGCGUCCGAGGCGCUCAAACACCCUUGGAUCGUCACCAACGCUGCUCAGUCAAGUCUUAAAAACCUUCAUCGAUCUAUCAGCCACAACUGGCUCAAGAGAACGUCAACCAGAAGCCGAUCAACUAAGUCGGCUAGAUCGACCAGGUCCAAUAGGUCUAGUAAAUCCACUAAGAGUCUACGAUCAGACAAGAACAAGGUUCAGCUGGAGCUCACAGAUCUGUCCAAAGAAUACAAGAAGGAGACAAGGUAGCCCACCAUUCAUCAAGACUGACCUCAAACUCGACCUCUGACCUGUUGACCCGAUCUCUGACCUGUUGACCUCCUGACCUCUGACCUGUGUGUUCAGGUGACACGGGUAGCCGUGGACGGAGCUCAUUUGAGGAUCCUUUAUCUUUCAAUAAUAAGCAACAAAGAAUUCAAGCUUUGCAUGGUGUAAAAUUUAAGAAUAGUGACAACCAUAAAACAAUGUCUUCUAGAAAGAUGCCAUAAUUCUAUUAUGAGUAAAAAAAAAAUGACUAUCUGGGCCGAGUUUGCUCAAGGAACAUUUUUUCAAAUAGUGGUAGAUAGUUCUAUGUAUUUAACAUUAUGUUACGAGUACCGGUUAGUAUCAGCCGCUAGUCGACAAAUGGUCCUUGUGUAAACUCAGCCAUAGUUUACUACUCACAAUAAAGAUUUCCUCAUAAAAGUUACAUGAAAAUACAAGGGAAGACUGGAAGGAGGUUGUGACUAGGUUGCAAUCUGUUCUUCUUUGUCAACUUUUCUUGGCUAGCUUUGUUUUCCUUUUUUUGUUAGGGGUGUGGGCAUGUGAUGUAUCAAAGAGAACAUUUUAACUGCUUCGUUCGAACGUCUUUUUAAAACUAAACCCCAAACUGCCUGCUCCAAAGUGUUGAAGCUUUUUCUAAUGACCGUUUCUGAUGUGAUCUGUGGAUUUGCAUGAAGUUGACAGUUCCAAGGUUGCGUUGUGCGAUGAACAUUACAGAAACAUGGCUUUAUUCAAAAGAGAAACAUUUUACUUUCUUCGUUUGGUUGAGACGGAAAGAGAUGGAGGUAGAGAUGAAAGAGGAUUGGAUUUAAAAGAUGAAAGGGAAUUGGGAUUAAGACCGAUUGGGAUUAAGAUCAUGAUGGAAGGGGGAUUAAAAUGAAAGGGGAUUAAACAGCUAAUUUUAUUUCUGAUUUGUUGAAUAAAGGAGUGAGCCUGAUGAUUAGAAUCAAGAAAUGAAACAGUGCUUAAAAUUUAGCAUCAAAUCAUUGACAUAUUCUUGUUGUAAAUUAAUAUAACGUAGUUUGUACAUUACAUGUAAAUACAAUAUUAUUUGAAAUGUAUGUAUCUUCACAGUAUAUUAGAAGUAAUAUUUUUUACAAUUAAGAGUUAUUAUUUAGAAAAAGUCCAUACAUUUGAUUGCUUUUUUAUUUGUCUUGUAUCCUCAGAAAUUGUGGUUUUCAUUUUCAGAAAUUUUCAAUCCCUGCAAAACAGGUUGAAAGGUUUAAUAUGAACUGAUUUUUCUUUGAGAUGAAGAAAGUCCAGCUGUUUUAAUUGAACACCUUUAAGUGUUUGCAACAGUUAGGUUGACGCAUACUUGGGGGUAAAGUCGUUAAUUUCCACAGUUUCUUACAUUCACUCUAUUUUCAAAAUCUUCAUUUCAUUCAAGUAUACAAUUUUUCUUUUGCAAAUGUACGUUAAUGUUCUGAUAAUCUAACGCUCAAAAGAUGUGUUCGUAAACUAACUUUGAAUAGUUCUUCACAAUGAGUUAGGUUUUAGGGAUUAGUGAAGUGGUCCAUUUCAUUUUGCUAUUUGACCUCGGAAAAAUUCAAUCUAAAGAUUGAAACAACAACAUUGAAACUUGGAAAUUAUUUUCCUGUCUGAUUGGUAAAUUUAAUAUUAUGUUUUGUCAUAUUUCCUAGAGCAGUUCAUGAAAUCCAUAUUUUAUAGAACUUUAGUUUAUGCUUAUUACAUUUUUAUAGCGCGUGGUUCCGAAAACGGAGGAUGUCUCAAAGUGCUCAUGAUUUUUCUACAAUGUAUGCUGUGCUAUGUUCAACAUAAUAAGAUACUUGCAACGCACAAUGUAACAAUUUACAAGGUGCGGUAUGGUUUACAGCACAAAUCCCUUUUUGUAACGAUACAUUGUAAGUGUACUGGGUUCUUUUUACAUUCAUUACACAACACUCGGAACCUCGGGGUUUGCGUUUCGCCCAUAAGUUGAUGUAACAAACUCUGCUGGUCUGAAGCACCAGAGCUUGAGUCCAGUGCGCUUGACUACACGAUCAUUCAAUGCAAACACAGUCAGAGCCUCAAGUUAUGGUCCCAAGUCAAAUUAUUUGUCUUCUCUAUAAAUUAAUUAGCAUAAUCAGCUAUCAAUUUUUUAAGAAGUUCAAAGGUCAGUUUUCGAUGAUUUAAACUGUUCAGGAUAUGGUUUGACAAAAGCACAUUAACAAAUAUUUGACCAGGUUGUGUUUAUAAAAUGAAGCCAAGAGAAAUGUUGAUGGAGCUUUCAGUUCACGUAAUUGGAGAAAUUAUCACAAGAUGUUUCAUAAAUGAUUGCAGAAUAUUUUUUAAAUCAAUACUUGUUUUCGUUCAAAUUCUCAAAGAUUAUAAUCAGAAAGAAGCUAAUUCCUUAUCCAAUCUGUAAAAUAACUUGCCUUUCUUUUACUGUUUGUUACCUUUCAUUUUGACAUCUUGUUGUAUGUAGGGAGAUAUUUUGUAGAACAUGAUAUGGCAUCAGAAAUAAAGACAAAAGAUUUAAUGAAAAAUACU